AUGGCUCAUAUCAGACAACGAUACUGGAUUGUUGGUGGCAGAAAAUCAGUGCACGCAUUAAUUUUGCGCUGUGCUGUCUGCACCAGAUUCAGGGCAACACGAGCCCAACAGUUAAUGGGUCAACUUCCAACAUCUAGAGCAUCGCCUUCAAGACCAUUCCUGCAUACUGGAGUAGAUUAUGCAGGGCCAUUUCCAAUCUUGAAGUGGAGACCAACGAACGCGCAACCAUCAUCGGUACAUAUAGCUGUUUUUGUGUGUUUCACAACCUCAGCGGUUCACCUUGAACUAGUCAACAGACAAACAACGGAUGCAUUUAUCGCAGCAUACAAACGAUUUACUGGAAGGCGAGGCAUUCCAGCUGUCAUGUACAGUGACAAUGCAACGACAUUUGAAGGAGCAGCCAACGAACUCAACAUACUCUACAACCAACAAUCUUCAGAAAAUCGACAAAUUAGAGCUGCUCUUGCCUUCAACGGAACCCAGUGGCAAUUCAUCCCACCAAAUGCUCCUCACUUCGGAUGCAAGUGGGAGGCCGCUGUAAAGUCAACGAAGUAUCAUCUACGACGAGUAUUAGGAACAACAACGUUAACAUACGAAGAGCUCAACACGAUCCUGAUACAAAUCGAGGCCUGUCUCAAUUCACGGCCUAUUGUUUCGAUGAGGGAUGACCCAGAUGACCUUCAGGCUCUCACACCAGGGCAUUUCCUCAUCGGAGAACCUAUUCAACUACUCCCAGAGCCAUCUCAACUCAACACAAACAUCAACAAAAUCACACGAUGGAAUCUGGUGACCCAGAAAAUACAACAAUUCUGGUCGAGAUGGUCCAGGGAGUGUCUUCAACGUUACCACUCCAUCUACAAGUGGAAUCAACAGCAACGCAACAUCAGGGUGGGAGACAUGGUCCUGAUGACCAAUGAUGAUCUCCCUCCAGCACGUUGGCCACUGGCACGAGUCAUUGCGGUAAGGCCAGGGGCUGAUGGACUAGUGAGAGUCGCAGAACUGCUCACAGAAACCGCAGAGAUCCCAACGAAUCCAGAUGGAUCACCAUCAACGCAGAUCAUUCGGGUGCAACGACAUCAAUACACCCGACCAAUAGCAAAACUUUGCUUGCUACCAACGGACCCAACACCAGCAGACCAACAAGAUGACAACUAG